AUGCUGACUUCACUGAUGAAGAGCGUGCUGCCGUCACUGACUCAGAGUGUGCUGCCUUCACUGACUCAGAGCGUGCUGCCUUCACUGACUCAGGUCAUGCUGCCUUCACUGCCUCCUUCACUGACUCAGAGCGUGCUGCCUUCACUGACUCAGAACAGCGUGCUGCCUUCACUGACUCGGGUCAUGCUGCCUUUACUGGCUAAGAGCGUGCUGCCGUCACUGACUCAGAGUGCUGCCUUCACUGACUCGGGUCGUGCUGCCUUCACUGUCACAGAGCGAGCUGCCUUGACUGUCACAGAGCGAGCUGCCUUCACUGACUCGGGUCAUGCUGCCUUCACUGACUCCUUCACUGACUCAGAGUGCGCUGCCUUCACUGACUCGUGUUGUGCUGCCUUCAGGGCCCUCCCGACACAAUGA